UAUUUUCGCCGACAUUCGACGUUUUUCGUUCGGCCAUGUCAGUUGUGAAGCUUUUUAAUUUUUUGGUUGAUACAAUAGUGAUUUCUGCAGCAGCUUUUUCGAAACCUACUCAAAAUUACUAUUUUGUUGAAUAUUUUACAAUUGCUUUACAAAUGCAAAAAGCCUAGUAGUGCAAAUUAAAGUGUAAAGUGUAGUAAAAGUCAAAAUAUAGAAAAAUUUUGCCAACCAUAUACAAGCAGUAAAGUCUUUCCAAGUGUGCGUACAGUAGAGAAGAGGAAAAAUGAGUUCAACUGCUAGCCGCAAAGAAACGGAAAGGACCAAAUUGAUACAGGAAAAAUGCCAAACUCUGCUGACUCAGAUGCUUCGCGAUGAGGACAACAAAUAUUGCGUUGAUUGCGAUGCAAAAGGACCACGCUGGGCGUCUUGGAAUCUUGGAGUGUUCUUGUGUAUACGAUGUGCAGGCAUUCAUCGUAAUCUUGGCGUACACAUAUCACGCGUCAAAUCGGUCAAUUUAGACACCUGGACGCCAGAGCAGGUAAUUUCAUUGCAACAGAUGGGAAAUUCACGUGCGCGUGCCGUUUACGAAGCACAAUUGCCAGAUGGUUUCCGCCGACCGCAGACCGAUACUGCAUUAGAGUCGUUUAUUCGAGCUAAAUAUGAGCAUAAAAAGUAUUUGGCACGAGAAUGGGUACCACCAUCACCGCCAAAGGUAGACUGGGCAAAGGAAAUUGAUGAAGAGUUAGAACGGCAGAAACGCAAGAAAAAAGCAGCACAGGCUUGUACUUCAAUGGGGCUAAGUGUGAUGAGCGCUGUUGGUGCGGGGGGUGACAAAAAGAGCAUUACAUCAUCUACUUCUGUCUCGAAAUCUACGCCACUGCCCGCGCCGUUGCCGAAACCGAAGGCUGGACAAGCUGGCAGUUGCAGUCCGAAAACUCAACGCAUUUCGACGAAUUCCACGAGUGGCGAAUGCAAUCAGAGCAGUGAUUUGCUCGGCCUUUCUUCGCCGACUAAGCCAGUGCAGAAUAGUGUGGGUAAUAGCGCAGCACAAGAUUUGCAAAAUGAUAGCUUCACUAGUUUUCUUAGUGCAACUCCAACUACUGCAACGCAAACUAGUGAAUACAGUAGAUCCGCGGAAUCGAAUGGGCAAAGUUCUACCCAAAACUCGCUUGCUAAGGACGAAGAGGAUUUCUUUAAUCAGGGAUCGCUUACUGGUGGUGACAAAGACAAGUCAGGGAAGCUAACUAAGGAUAGCAUAUUAGCAUUGUACGGCACUGCUCCAACCAGUACUGUUGCCUCACACAAUCCGCAUGGCGCCCAAAUGCCUUUUGGUCAACCUCAACCGAUGUUUGCUGCUACUGGCGCUUACUCGGGCGGCAUGGCUCCCGGCUACAUGGGCGCAGGAGGGGUGCCACAUCCACAGCAGCCCCAGUUCAUGACGCCGCCAAAUUCCACGAGUAUGUAUAAUGCGCCCGUCAUGACUGCGCCCACUGCGUUUAGCACACCAGGUAUGCAUAUGGGUGUUGCGGGUGCUACCGGUGGCUUCGGUGCACAGUUUCCGGGCACGACCAGUACCGGCAUCUAUACACAACAACAUAUGGCCGGUCUGGGCAAUAUGCUUGCUAAUAGUGGACACCCAACGGGUAAUUUAAAUCUUAUGCAAACAAACCAGAGUCUGUUAAGUGGAUUGCCAAUGAUGGGAGUAGGUGCAACGUCAACAACCAUGGUGCAGCAGCCACCAAUGGGCAUGAGUAUACCAAUGGGUAGUAUGCCCAUGUCAGCCGCGUUUCAAGCGGUACCCACAGCCGCGGCCGGUGCUGCAUCCAGUAAUACACAUGGCCUAAACCAGCAAUUCAGCAACUUAAAUAUCGGUAAUGUGUGGCAGUGAGCAGAUGACGAACUGCGGGUUAGUGAAGAGUAGCGCCUGCAUCAGAUGCCGUCAGAACUCAACUUGCCUUGUUCAAUGCGUCGUCGACGUAAGCGACGUCAACGCUGCGUUUUCGUUUUACGUGAAUAUUCAAAUAAAAAAGAAGCUUAAUAUUUUCAAAUGAUAAAAGUAUAUUUAUUGUUCCUUUAUGCUUCUUUAAAAAAUAAUCAAUAUAAGUAUUUAGAAAAGAAUAUUUGAAAUUUCACCACUAGAUCGGGUGCUUAAUUUCCUUUUAAUUCUAAAAGCACAGCAUUUUGUUUUCCUUACUGACGCAAAAUCAUAUCACGAACGAAACGAAAACGCCGCCAAUUUGGGUUACGUUGGAAGAAUGCAACGCGUCAUUUACAUAUAUAUGUUGGCUGGAAUCAGUAGCGAUAAAUAAUAUAUGCAUUCAUUACUAUUAUUUGUACUUUAGCGACGUUUAUAUUUUUUCUUGGUUAAUAAUAUAAUAGAAAAACAUAUAUGUAUGUAUAUGUAUAGAUUCAUCCAAAGCAGGGAUGAAUCCUCUUAAUAGACAUAAGAUUUUGGCCGGUUUACUUUGUUGAAGAAUCUACUGUGAGCGAAUGAGGUGAAAUAGGCAAGUUUUGCGGUUAGAUAAGAUCUCGUUUGUUAGAUAUUUCGAAAACUGCGGCUUGUCGCGGUUAGCGAUUCUUAGUUUAUUUGUAAACAUAUUCACAUGAUUUAAUGUAUGUGUUUUUGUUUUUCAUCAACAUGUAAAAAUUUCAGAGUAUAAUAAUGUUAUACUAAACAUACCAAAAGUAUUUGUCUAUAUAACAUAAAGUCCCAUGUCUGGCGGUCGAAAUUCAUGUUAAAAUUAACAAGUUGAUAAAUCAAUGAGUGGGGACAAUUCAUUUAGCACUAAAGAAAAAAUUACAAUGCAAUAUACAGUUAUCAUAUUUUUACGCACCGAAAUGGUCAAUACAUAAAAGAAAAGGGGAGUUUUUGAACACAGAUUCAUACGGCUGGCAAAUGUGUUACUGUUUACAAUCCACAAUAAGCUGUAUUAUUUAUGUAAAUCGUAAUAAAAAUAAAAUAAAAUCAGACAACAUAAAUAAAUAUUAAUAUAAAUAUGUCGAUUAAA